GUGUUAUGCAAUGAGAAGAGAGAGGAAGGACAGGAUCGCUUGCUAGUCUGACAAAAACUACAGCAAGAGAAGAGAAGGGGGUGAGAAAUACAGCAGAGAAACCAGCAGCGUUCAACAUGUCAUUUGAGCCUGGCUCGAUACCCCCUCGACCAGAACUGUUUGACUUCCAUGGAGUCUCAAUGACCCACUAUUUCACAGACAACUGGGAGAAUGUUCAAAACUUCCAGGCCAGGCCAGAUGAUAUACUUAUUGCAACAUACCCUAAAGCAGGAACCACAUGGGUCUCCUACAUCCUUGACCUGCUGUAUUUUGGUCAGACAGAGCGUCAGAGAACUGUUCCAAUCUUUGACAGAGUGCCUUUCUUGGAGCUCAUCUUCCCAUCAUUAGGCUCAGGAAAAGACCUGGUAGACAACCUCCCCACCUCUCCUCGACUCAUUAAGACUCAUUUUCCAGUCCAGUUUGUGCCAAAGUCAUUUUGGGAGCAAAACUGCAGGAUGGUCUACGUGGCCCGCAAUGCCAAAGACAACAUGGUGUCUUAUUUUCACUUCGAUUCCAUGAACAUGGUUGAGCCAGAGCCUGGAGACUGGAGCAACUACAUCCACAGAUUCAUGGAGGGAAAGAUGGUGUUUGGAUCCUGGUACGACCAUGUGAGCGGCUGGUGGAAGAAGAAGCAGAGUUAUCCAAAACUCCAUUACAUGUUCUAUGAAGAUAUGGUCGAGGACACUGGACGGGAGGUAGACAAACUGUGCAGCUUUCUUGGUUUGUCUCGUUCAGACGAGGAGAAGAAAAGAGUCACAGGUGGAUCACAGUUUGAUAAUAUGAAAAAGGACGACAUGGCCAACUAUUCUUCAAACCCAGUUAUGGAUUUCAAAAUCUCUCACUUCAUGAGAAAAGGUAAAGUUGGUGACUGGAAGAACCAUUUCACUGUUUCCCAGAAUGAAGAGUUCGAUGUAGACUACAAGAAAAAGAUGACGGACCCCACACUUCAGUUCCGCACUGAAAUUUGAACAAGACUGGACAGGCUGUGUAUAUGUGGAGAUGGGUCCAUGACUGACUGGACAUGUGGCAUUACUUUGAGAAAAUCAUGUUACUGUUGGCUCUAAUGAAAUUAUUCUCAAUAUGUUUCUGUCAUGCCCCCCUUCAGAAGUAGAAAAAGUUCAUGACCUCCCAACCAACACUUUUAGAUCAAUAAUUAACAGUAAUUUGGGAAGCAACCACUAAAACAGGAUUAGUGUUGAAUUUUAGUGAGAUAAAGUUCAGCACGACAGCAUCUGCAAACUCUUGUUUGUUUAUUUUCCCUACAUAUUCAUUCAAAUUUGUUUGGCUCCUUUUUUUCCCCUAAUUGUCCAAGUGUAGUGUGCCUGAUGUGCAUUCUCGUCAGCUCACAUUGGGUCAUCUCGUCAGUUGUUGGAUAAGCUAACAAAAUUGUAACCAUCCGGGGCUGGGUUGUGGGGGCAGCAGGCCAAGCAAAGCACCCCAGAUGUCCCUCUCCCCAGCAACACUUUCAAGCUCCUCCUGGGGGACCCCAAGGCAUUUCCAGGCCAGAUGAGAUAUGUAAUCCAACCAGCGCGUCCAGGGUCUACCCCGGGGCUUCCUACCUGUUGGACAGGCCCGGGAACACCUCUAACAGGAGGCACCCAGGAGGCAUCCUGAUGAGAAGCCCAAAUCACCUCAACUGACCCCUUUAAGGCGAGGAAGCAGCGGCUCUACUUUUAUACUAAAUUUAUUUUCUAUCUUUGUCAGUAUAUCCCCCUGAAACCUACACACUGAACCUUUAAACCACAGGAGACCUUCCUUAUGAUUUACUGUCAAUGUAACUAUGAGAAAUUAAUUUUCAUGUGAUCAUCAAAUUAUGAAGAUUCAUGUCUCCAUUUUUGCUCCUUGUACUACUGCAUGGAUGCAACCACAACAAGACUUCUCUGCAGAUUUUCGUUUAAUUUUUACAUGACUGCUGAUACAUUCUCAGAGUGACCAUAAUAAUGUUUGAUGGAAAAUAUAUGCAACUAAACAGUGCUUAAAUACACUGACAUUAAGAUAGACUAAAUCAUGUCCAACAACAAAGAAUAACUCACAUAUAUUCUGAUCCUAAUAUAGGCUGCGAUGAUUGCAGAGGUUGCCAAAGCGUUUCCUGAUAAGUCUUGCAAAACCACACCCAUCCGAGUGAAACCCAGUGUCUUCAGGGAUUCCCUGUCAUCCACGCCCCACCUGCAGUGACUCUGCACCCAUUCGUGUGUUAAACUUUAACACACUGAAUCAAAAACAAAAGUUGAUUCUUGACAAAUUAGGUGUAUUGUAACAUAUAUCAUGCAUGCUCUGUAUGAUUCCGAGAGCUGGGGAAUAAAGGGUAAAUGCCCAGGAAGUUUGUAAAGGGGAGGGGCUAGAGUAAAGAAUCAAAUCUGAGCUCCAGUUACAAUAGAGAGAGUGUUAUGUAAUGAGAAGAGAGAGGAAGGACAGGAUCGCUUGCUAGUCUGACAAAAACUACAGCAAGAGAAGAGAAGGGGGUGAGAAAUACAGCAGAGAAACCAGCAGCGUUCAACAUGUCAUUUGAGCCCGGCUCGGUAUGUCUCUAAAUUAAAGUUUUUUUCAAAGA